CCAACUGCAUAGCCCAUUGGACAAUGCUUUCCGCCACAGAUGUAUCCUCUCCCUUACCGAGCUACCAUCUAUGGGGGCCUUUUUCCAUCCAAAUCAAUAAUAGUUUCAGGCUCUGUGUCGCCUUCUGCUCAGAGGUUCCACAUCAAUCUGAAAGCAGGGAACAAUACUGCUUUCCAUCUCAACCCACGGUUUGAUGAGAACACAAUUGUUCGAAACUCUAACCUCAACAUGUGCUGGGGCUCAGAGGAACGACACCUGCCCUGUGGGAUGCCUCUGUUGCGUGGCCAACCCUUUACCAUCUGGAUUCAAUGUGAAGCACACUGCUUCAAGGUAGCUGUGAAUGGACUUCAUCAGUUUGAAUACAACCACCGCAUACAUAACCUGCUUCAGAUAAAUCUUCUCGAAGUGGAUGGUGACAUAACAUUGGCCAACAUCCAGGCUUAAAAGUCGCCAGUAAAGGUCCAUUUUUGGAUGGAGAUGCAAUUGGUGUGAAAUGUUGAUCUUUACUACCUGAAGUUUGAAUAAAUGCUUUUUUCAGAGUUUAAGAACCAUAGAAGUUCAGUUUUUCCCCCCUUCCAAUCUAAUUGCUUGAAUAAACUAUUUUUGCUCA